AAAUCCAGUCCCAGGAGGCGGGUGGACCCCUUCUCCUCUGUUCCAUUACUCUUCGUUAUUCACAACAACAAUGUCAUGUUUUGAGCUUAUACAGCUUAUCUGUUGUCAUCUCAGUUGAUGCUUCCAGUCUACAGAUAGGGAAACCGAGAUUUACCAACAGCAUGAAUCAAGAAAAGUUAGCCAAACUUCAGGCUCAGGUCCGGAUAGGGGGCAAGGGCACAGCUCGCAGAAAGAAGAAGGUGGUACAUAGAACAGCUACAGCUGAUGACAAAAAGCUUCAGAGUUCUCUAAAAAAACUGGCUGUGAAUAAUAUAGCUGGUAUUGAAGAGGUGAACAUGAUUAAAGAUGAUGGGACAGUUAUUCAUUUCAACAAUCCCAAAGUCCAAGCUUCCCUGUCUGCCAAUACCUUCGCAAUUACUGGUCAUGCAGAAGCCAAACCAAUCACAGAAAUGCUUCCUGGAAUAUUAAGUCAGCUUGGUGCUGACAGCUUAACGAGCCUUAGAAAGUUAGCUGAACAGUUCCCACGGCAAGUGUUGGACAGUAAAGCACCAAAACCAGAAGACAUUGAUGAAGAGGAUGAUGAUGUUCCAGAUCUCGUAGAAAAUUUUGAUGAAGCAUCAAAGAAUGAAGCUAACUAAAAUUUGUUUGGCAUUUUGAAGCUGGCAUGGACUAGAUUUAUCAAAUCAGCUAUGUGGUUCCAAAGUUUUACAGACACAGAGAACAUCACCUGUUACUAGUUCAGUAAUAUAAAUAUUUUGUAUAUUAAUAAUGCUGUUUCUUCAGCAUUUUUCGGUCAUUUGAUUUUGCAUUUUGCACUUCUUCCCAGGAUCUAUUCUUUUGGUCAAAUAUGAAGUAUUGGUGCAGUUUGAGGGUGUUUUGGUUUUUACUUCUUGGUUUUUUGUUUUGUUUUGGGGGGGGUAUUUUUGGUGUAUGUAUGUAUUAUGUAUGCGUGUGGGUAUGUGUGUAUACAGUGGAGAAGAAAUUGGAAAACAGUUCUAUUUAUCCUCUUCCUUCCCCCAGUAGAAAUAAAACAAAUCUUUACAUUCGUUACCUUUUUUUUUUUUUUUCUAAUUAUGCACAGAAUUAAUGUAAAGUGAAUUCUUUGAUUUCAGAUCUGAAGAGAGUUUUUUACCAUUGGAGAUUUGGUUUUAACUUGCUUGGUAAACGAUCAUAUUUUUCAUAUAUUUCUCUGGGUUUAAAAUGUUUUUGAGAUUUUUUUUGCCACCAGCUUCAUGAUGGAUUAAUACUGCAUAUCUUUGGUGCAACUGCCUUAGAUUCACUUACCUAGUCAGACCCAGAAGAAUUUCUUUUACCAGCUUUCUGUAUAACUGCUUUUUUUCCCCCUCUCCUUUUGCUCUUUAAAUGGUCUGUUCGACCUUUGGUAAUACUCUUCCUCAUCUUGUACCUAGCUUGAGAAGGAGGUUCUCCAUGUAGAGUUGAGUGCCUAAUCCCUCUUUUUCUAAGGUUUUGUUCCCUCAUCUUAAGGAAUAACAGCUCUAUCUUCACCUUUUUAUUCUCCCUCAAAUUUACAGUUUGUUAGAUUUCAAACUGGAAUAGCCAGCAUGUGCUUGCUAAAUAAUUUUUUACUGGCCUUGUCCUGAAUCCUAACUGUUCUAAUAGCAGGUGUGAGAAAGCUUUUUUUCAGUAAGGUUGAAAUGGGAAAGUCCUUUUGAAUGAGAAGAAAAUAGGCCAUGGACUUCAUCCCCCAGCACAAAUGGGCAUUCUGAGAUAUGGUACAGGCCUGGGGAGGAUUCCUUCAACCACUCUCCACUCUUGGCCUUGAACCUACCUCUGGGUUGGAUCUUACUGUAGCUGCUCAGAACACCCUCCUGCAUGCUUUGAAUAAUGCUUUGGGGGGAGCACUGAUAAAAACAGUAAUUAUUUAUUUUUUUUUACCUCCUUUCAGAGGACUUGGAGGUAAGUUGCAUUCAUUCGCUCAAGUUUCCCUCUUGCUGUCUGAUAAAAGCUUGCAUUUUGCAUACCAGCAUUUGAUAGUCAAUAUUUUAAGAUAAGAUUUAGAAAAUCUGUCAUUUCCUGGCCCAUCACCAAACUAACUACAGCUUAUCCUUGCAGCAUACCAAUUUUUGUUUCAAGUUGGAUAUCUUUAUUUGAUAUCUAAAGUGCAAGACCAACAAUAUAUUGAGAGAUCAGUAGACGUGAAGGCAAAGCUUUUGUGUUUUUUUUUUUUUAAUCUGGACACCUCAAUUUAUUUUAUAAAUUUGUUCAUUUUUUCCUGUUAUGUUUUUAUAUAAUAUAUGGACUUAACAAAAUAAAAUAACAGUACAAAGGAGGAGAAUAUUUCCUCUUGUGCCUCUCUUA